AUGAAAUUCACAGAAAUCAGGGCAGAGGACAAUGCUUCCACUGUAACCCAUUUUCUCCUCCUGGGAUUUUCAGACCUUCCCAACCUUCAAGGGUUUCUAUUUGGGAUAUUCUUCAUAAUUUACUUGAUUAUCUUGAUUGGAAAUAGCUUCAUAAUUAUGAUAACUAGAAUUGAACCUUCAUUACAGAAACCCAUGUAUUUUUUCCUGGCAAAUUUUUCUUCUCUGGAAAUUUGUUUUGUAUCAGUCACUCUACCUAGGAUUCUGUUUAACAUUGCUACUCAAGACAGAAGCAUUUCUGUACUAAGUUGUGCCAUCCAAAUGUGUUUCUUUCUUAUGCUCGGAACCACUGAGUGUUUCCUGCUGGCUGUGAUGUCCUAUGACCGCUAUGUGGCCAUCUGUAACCCUCUGCACUAUCCUCUGGUCGUGAAUUCAACAAAGUGCACACAGCUGGCAGCAGGCUCUUGGCUUGGAGGCAUCCCAGUCCAGAUAGGACAAACCUGUCAGAUAUUCUCUCUGCAUUUCUGCAAUUCUAACCAAAUAGACCACUUCUUCUGUGACUUACCACCCAUGCUCAAGCUGGCCUGUGGAGACACUUCAAUUAAUGAGCUAUCUGUCUACUUUGUGUCUACAUUUGCUCCAAUACCUUUUAUGUUGAUAUUUUCAUCUUACAGCAAAAUUGUGGCCACCAUUCUGAGGUUACCAACAAUCACAGGACAAGUAAAAGCUUUCUCCACAUGUUCUUCCCAUUUGCUUGUGUUGUUUUUGUUUUUUGGAUCAGCUACUGUUACCUACUUGAGGCCAAAGUCCACCCAUUCUCCAGGAACUGACAAGCUGUUCGGUUUGUUUUAUACCAUUGUGACUCCCAUGUUCAAUCCUCUGAUAUACAGUCUUAGGAACAAGGAGGUGAUUGCUGCCCUGAGAAAGCUGUUAGCCAAGGUGCUAAUGCAAGCUAACUUCUUUUCAAAGCAUAUGACAUGGAGUAAAAGCAAAAGAUGCCAGGUUAAGUGA